UCUAGCUAUCGACUGGUUAACGCUCACCUAUCUUCCUGUCAGGACCCCGAACCAUGGCGUCCAGCGGCUUCAUCCAAAUCCCCAGGCGCCUGCCCCUGCUGCUGACACAGGAGGGGGUGCUGCUGCCUGGCUCCACCAUGCGGACCAGCGUGGACACCCCCGGGAACAUGGAACUGGUGCGCAGCAGGCUGCUGAGGGGAACCUCGCUCAAGAGCACCAUUAUCGGGGUUAUACCCAACACAAGCGACCCAGCCACUGACACCGAGGAGCUACCUGCCCUGCACAGGAUCGGCACAGCAGCCCUGGCGGUCCAGGUCGUAGGCAGUAACUGGCCCAAGCCUCAUUUCACUCUGCUGGUCACGGGCCUUUGCCGAUUCCAGGUGGCGGAGAUCUUGACGGAGAGACCUUAUCCCAUUGCAGUGGUUGAGCAGUUAGACCGGCUGGAGCAGCUGAGCAGUAAAGCUGAAUUCAAGGAAGCUUUGGGGGAUCUGUCAGAGCAGUUUUACAAGUACGCUAUGCAGCUGGUGGACAUGCUGGAUAACUCCGUCCCUGCCGUAGCCAAGCUGAAGCGUUUAUUAAAUAACCUGCCCCGGGAGCUGCUGCCGGACGUCCUGACGUCUAUAAUCCGGACGACGAAUGAAGAAAAACUUCAGAUUUUGGAUGCUGUUAGUCUAGAAGAACGUUUUAAAGUGACCAUCCCACUGUUACUGAGACAAAUCGAAGGAUUAAAACUCUUGCAAAAGACUCGAAACCCCAAAUUGGACGAGGAUAAAAGGGUGGUAGCAAUACGGCCCCUGAGGAAAAUCGGCGGAAUCGGUGGAAAGCAGUUUUCCCUGGAAAACACGGAAGAUGAGGAGGAAGAUUCAGAUGACAUCAUCCUCCUGGAGAAAAAAAUCAAAUCCUCAAACAUGCCUGAGCAAGCCCUAAAAGUCUGCGUGAAGGAAAUAAAAAGGCUGAAGAAAAUGCCCCAGUCCAUGCCUGAGUAUGCCUUAACAAGGAACUAUUUGGAGCUGAUGUCUGAACUGCCAUGGAGUAAAAGCACGACAGAUCGCCUGGAUAUCCGAGCGGCCCGGAUCCUGUUGGAUAAUGAUCAUUAUGCCAUGGCCAAGCUGAAGAAGAGAGUUCUGGAGUACCUGGCAGUUAGACAGCUGAAGAACAACCUGAAAGGGCCAAUUCUUUGCUUUGUAGGGCCCCCGGGAGUGGGUAAAACCAGCGUUGGAAGGUCCAUAGCGAAAACCUUGGGCAGAGAAUUCCACAGGAUCGCGUUAGGAGGAGUGUGCGAUCAAUCGGAUAUCCGAGGACACAGGCGUACCUAUGUGGGCAGUAUGCCAGGCCGUAUAAUCAACGGGUUAAAGAUAGUUGGGGUCAAUAACCCCGUCUUCCUCCUGGAUGAAGUUGACAAACUGGGGAAAAGUCUACAAGGGGACCCAGCCGCAGCUCUCUUAGAGGUCCUAGAUCCAGAGCAGAACCACAGCUUCACUGACCACUACCUGAACGUGCCUUUCGACCUCUCCCAGGUCCUCUUUAUAGCCACUGCCAACACAACUGCCACCGUCCCAGCGGCCCUUCUGGAUAGAAUGGAAGUACUAGAGGUUCCAGGGUACAGCCAAGAGGAGAAGAUCGAGAUUGCCCAUAGACACCUGAUCUCCAAGCAGCUGGCCCAGCACGGACUGACUCCAGAGCAGAUCCAGAUUCCCCAAGAAACUACACUAGAAAUUAUCACCAGGUACACCAGGGAAGCAGGGGUGCGCUCGCUGGAACGGAAAUUUGGGGCCGUUUGCAGAGCUGUUGCCGUUAAAGUGGCGGAAGGACAACAUCGUGAGCCCAAAACGGGGACCUCGUAUGAGGUUGGCGCAGAAGAACCCAAGGCGACUUUCCCAGAAGAUCCCAAAUCCGGAGCCAUCGCAGCGGAUCUGGCUUUGCCGCCGGAAAUGCCGAUUCUUAUUGACCGCCAUGCGUUGAAGGACAUCCUUGGGCCUCCCAUGUAUGAGGUAGAGGUGUUUGAACGUCUGAGCCAGCCAGGUGUAGCUAUUGGUUUGGCAUGGACCCCUCUCGGGGGCGAGAUCAUGUUUGUGGAGGCAAGUCGCAUGGAUGGGGAGGGACAGCUCACUCUUACCGGACAGCUAGGGGAUGUCAUGAAAGAGUCGGCCCAUCUAGCAAUCAGCUGGCUGCGCAGCAAUGCAAAGAAAUACCAGCUAACUAACGCAUCUGGAAGUUUUGAUCUCCUUGACAACACGGACAUCCAUCUCCACUUCCCUGCUGGAGCUGUCACAAAAGAUGGACCAUCUGCAGGGGUCGCCAUAGUAACGUGCCUGGCUUCUCUCUUCAGUGGUCGGUUGGUGUCCUCGGACGUGGCAAUGACAGGCGAGAUCACGCUGAGGGGACUUGUUCUCCCGGUUGGAGGAAUCAAAGACAAAGUGCUCGCGGCUCACAGAGCCGGCCUCAAGCGGGUCAUUAUUCCCAAGCGGAACGACAAGGACCUGGAAGAAAUUCCUCUUAACGUGAGACGCGAUCUGAGCUUCGUACUGGCGGACUCGUUGGAUGACGUUCUAAACGCAGCUUUCGCUGGGGGGUUUUUAAUAAAAACCCCACCUGAGCUCCUGAACAGUAAACUGUGAAACGCCUGCGCAGCGGCUCCUGUCCCGAGGGCUCUGCCAAAACACAGAGCGAGUCCUGCUAGAUUCCAGAGAACGCGACGUUCUGAAUAGAUCGCUGCAUUACUAUUACGACACGAGACUUUGAAGGGUAGGUUUAAUUUAAUGAUCAACAUGUUAUAAAUUGUACUCAAUGCACUGCGGCCUGCCGGGUGGCUACCCAUGUGUGGCACUACACCUCCUGGCACGUUCUGAAGGUGGUAGUCGUGCUACCCCGGCCCAGCUUCAUGUUGGCCGCUGUGUUUUAAUCACACAAAUUAAUGUCCGAGUGGAAUAAGUCACGAGUACAUCCCCAUUCCUUAUCUUUGCAGUUU